UCUCCGUUGAUUCUUUUUUAUCUCUCCUGCGAGCGUCUCCGGCACCGUCUUCCUCCAUCGAAAACCGUCAACAACUCGGCUCUUCAAACGGACACUCUCUAUGUGUUAUCUCUCUACAUCACCACCAUCAUUCGGAUUUGAGUAGUUGCAACAGAUCUCCGGUUGCCCAUCGUUAUCUUGUCUAAAAAGGUGCAGCUGUUUACUGGUGGUGGAAAAGUCGCCAAAAAAAGCGGGGAUGUUAUAAAUAGUAAAACAUUCAAGUCGUCUCGUCUCGUCGGUGCUUACCAGUUAGUAACCAUUCAUUUCUCUGUUAACCCUCUCCGGCGAAAAUCUACAUCUCCCCGGAAAAUAUGGCAUCUCCGGCGGUCUGCCGUACAUCCAUACAACGCGUAUCCACCUUCAAAGACCGAACCACCACCACCACCGCAACACCGUCGUCAUCUACCGGUACAUCCUCUUCCUUAUCUCUCUUAGAUUCCUUCGCAUCCGAUCCAAUUUUCUCCAAAUUCCUCUCCUCCGAUUUCAACUCCACACAAUUCUCCUCCGACGCACUCUCCUCCGGCACCGCCGCUGCUCGCGCGGAGAAGAUCCAGGACGGCAUCCGCCUCCUCGAAAAACAGCUCCGGUCCGAAGUCCUUAACCGCCACGAUGACCUUCUCGCGCAGUUAUCCUCCGUCAAGGACGCCGAUUCGUCACUCGCAUCCAUCCGUUCCGCCGUUUCCACUCUCCAAUCCUCCGUCCGUCGCAUCAGAUCUGAAAUCGCCGAUCCUAACCGUCAGAUUCGGUCGAAAACGGUUCAACUUUCUAACCUACAUUUCACCGUUGAUCUGCUUCAAUCGACGGUCAGAGUUCUUCGUCUGUCGAAGAAGCUUCGAGAGGUGAUGGCGGAGCCUGAUGUGCAGAAACUGGAUCUGUCUAAAGCGGCUCAGUUGCAUAGUGAGAUAUUGCGGUUGUGUAAUGAGAAUGAUUUGUCUGGAAUUGGUGUGAUUGAUGAGGAGUUGAAGUUAGUGUUUGAAGCAGGACAGAGGUUGAGAUCCGAAGGAAUGAAGGCGUUGGAACGAGGACUUGAAGGAUUUAAUCAGGCGCAGGUUGGGGCGGGAUUGCAGGUGUUUUAUAAUUUAGGUGAGUUGAGGUCGACGGUUGACGGUUUGAUUAAUAAGUAUAAGAGUCAGGGUGUGAAGAGUGUGAGUGUUGUGCUGGAUAUGAAAGCGAUAUCUGGUGGCGGUGGUGGUUUUGGUGGUCCUGGUGGGAUACAGAGAAGUGGUACGCCGCAGAUUGGGAGUGGGGGGAAGGCGAAGGAGGCGUUGUGGCAGAGGAUGGGUAGCUGUAUGGAUCAGUUGCAUUCGGUUGUGGUUGCGAUUUGGCAUUUGCAGAGGGUGUUGUCGAAGAAAAGGGAUCCGUUUACUCAUGUUUUGUUGCUUGAUGAGGUUAUGCAGGAUGGUGACCCUCUCUUAACUGCUCGUGUUUGGGAAGCAAUUGUCAAAUCAUUUGCAAACCAAAUGAAAUCUACUUUCACCGCAUCAAGCUUUGUUAAAGAGAUUUUCACUGUCGGCUAUCCAAAACUCUUGUCUAUGAUUGAAAAUCUUGUUGAAAGAAUUUCACGUGACACAGACGUUAAAGGGGUUUUACCUGCUAUAACAGUAGAAGGUAGAGAUCAAAUGGUUGGUGCCAUUGAAGUGUUUCAGACAGCUUUCUUGGCUCUAUGUUUGAGUCGGCUAUCUGAUCUUGUUAACAGUGUAUUCCCCAUGUCAAACCGCGGUAGUGUUCCCUCUAAAGAACACAUCUCCAGAAUUAUAUCGCGCAUUCAAGAAGAGAUUGAAGCUGUUCAGUUAGAUGCACGCUUGACCCUUCUUGUCCUGCGUGAGAUCUCCAAAGUCCUGCUUUUGCUAGCUCAACGAGCCGAGUAUCAGAUAUCAACAGGCCCUGAAGCCCGCCAAAUAUCGGGCCCUGCAACUCCUGCCCAAGUGAAAAACUUCACCCUCUGCCAGCAUUUACAAGACAUUCAUGGAAGCAUAUCCACCAUGACAAAAGGAUUACCGCCAAUCGCCUCAGACAUCUUAUCCCAAUCACUCAACACUAUAUAUGAAGUCGCCUGUGAUUCCGUCACAUCCUUAUUCCAAUCCAUGCUCGACUGUCUCGAGUCAUGCAUUCUCGAAAUCCACAACCAGAAUUUCAGUGCAACCGACAACAACUCGUCAUCUUACAUGGAAGAAUUACAAAAACACAUUUCUCAUUUUCGUACAGAGUUUUUAUCAAAACUAUUACCUUCAUCAGCCAAAGUCAUCUCAAUCGGGACUGAAACCAUCUGCACCCGGCUCGUCAGAAGCAUGGCUUCUCGGGUUCUAAUAUUCUUUAUCCGACACGCAUCUCUAGUACGGCCUUUAUCCGAAUCAGGCAAGCUCAGAAUGGCCCGAGACAUGGCUGAGCUGGAACUAGCCGUGGGUCAGAACUUAUUCCCAGUUGAACAACUUGGUGCACCGUAUCGGGCUCUUAGAGCAUUCAGACCCGUUAUAUUCCUUGAAACGUCACAACUUAACGGUUCACCGCUUCUUCAAGACUUGCCACCGAGUGUCAUACUUCAUCAUCUUUACUCUCGAGCUCCCAACGAGUUGCAGUCCCCGAUGCAGAGGAAUAAACUUAGCCCGUUACAGUACUCGCUAUGGCUCGAUUCACAGGGUGAGGACCAGAUCUGGAAAGGUAUAAAAGCGACUCUUGAUGAUUAUGCUGUUCAGGUGAAGGCAAGAGGUGAUAAGGAAUUUAGUCCAGUUUAUCCUCUCAUGUUAAGUCUUGGGUCUUCUAUAACCGAAAAUAAUGUUGUUUCUAGGAAAUCCAAUACAAUAAACUAAGACAUGGGGUUUAUAGUGUUUUCUUUUAUUAAUUUUGUGAGAGAAAAAAACUUAUUCGGACAAAUUAAGGUGUUAUUGAACGAGGUUUUCAUUUAUAAUU